UACAAGAAAUAAAGCUCUUCUCAAGACUUCAACUCCUAUACCUUUCAAGUUAUCAAUUCUUUCUUUUUCGAUCUCUUCUUCCUUCCUGUUUCUUUCAUCCUCUCUUGUUCAUUGCCUUCUGUGAUUCUCUUUCUGGGAAAUUCUAUCUUUUUCUUAGAGGCCAAAAAUGGGGUUGUUGUCAUUAAAAGUCUUGUGUAACACUCAUGGGCAGGAUUCUUCAUACUUCAUAGGAUGGGAGGAGUACGAGAAAAAUCCAUAUGAUCAUGUUAAGAAUCCUAAGGGAAUCAUUCAAAUGGGUCUUGCAGAAAAUCAGUUGUCCUUUGACCUUCUUGAGUCAUGGUUGGCAAAAAAUCCUGACGCAGCGGGGUUCAGGAGGAAUGGACAAUUCAUAUUCAGGGAGCUUGCUCUCUUCCAGGAUUAUCACGGCCUCCCCGAUUUCAAGAAGGCUUUGGUAGAUUUCAUGGCGGAAAUCAGAGGAAAUAAAGUAUCAUUUGAUCCAAAUCGCGUUGUCCUCACCGCCGGUGCAACUUCUGCUAACGAGACUCUCAUGUUCUGCCUAGCUGAAGCCGGUGACGCCUUCCUCCUUCCCACACCAUACUACCCAGGAUUUGAUAGGGAUCUCAAGUGGCGAACUGGGGUGGAGAUUUUGCCAAUUCAGUGUUCAAGCUCCAACGACUUUCGAAUCACUGAAUCGGUUCUUGAAGAAGCUUAUCAACAGGCCCACAAACGCAACCUAAGGGUUAAGGGAGUCUUAGUCACCAACCCCUCAAACCCAUUGGGCACCACAAUGAGCCUUGAUGAACUCAACCUUCUGCUUGACUUCAUUACUGAGAAGGAAAUUCAUUUAAUUAGCGAUGAGAUUUAUUCUGGUACUGUUUUUUCCUCUCCAGGGUUUGUAAGUAUCAUGGAGGUUAUGAAAGAUAGGAAGUUGGAGAACUCUGAAGUUUUUAACAGAGUUCACAUUGUGUAUAGCCUUUCUAAGGAUCUGGGUCUUCCUGGUUUUCGAGUUGGAGCAAUUUACUCCAACGAUAACAUGGUCGUGGACGCUGCCACGAAAAUGUCCAGCUUUGGCCUAGUUUCCUCUCAAACUCAGUAUCUUCUCUCGGUAAUGCUCUCCGAUAAGAAAUUCACAAAGAAUUACAUUUUGGAAAAUCACGAAAGGCUGAAACAACGACAGAGAAUGCUCAUCUCCGAGCUGAAGAAAGCCGGUGUCAGCUGCCUGAAGAGCAGUGCUGGUUUGUUUUGCUGGGUGGAUAUGAGGCGCCUCCUUAGCUCCGACACAUUUGAAGCAGAAAUGGAGCUGUGGAAGAGAAUAGUUUACGAAGUUAACAUAAAUAUUUCACCAGGGUCUUCAUGUCAUUGCACCGAACCAGGGUGGUUUCGGAUGUGUUUCGCUAACAUGUCCGAAGACACCCUAAAGGUGGCCAUGAGACGACUCAAGGUUUUUGUGGAGUCCAUCUCCCCAAUUCGCAGUCAGAGCAAUCACCAAGCUUUGAAAAACACAAGACGACGGUGGUCGCUCACCAAUUGGGUUUUCCGGCUAUCGUUCCACGAGGAUCGUGAGCUCGAGGAACGCUAGUCUGGUGCACCAUGUUAAUUAUUGUCUACGUGUGAAUACAUUGUUCAUUGGAAAAUAGUUUUGCAAUUUUCUCGGUUGAGUUUUGUUAAAAAAAAUCGUCGCACUCG